ACGGAUUCCCACGGCCGCUGCCAAUCGUGAAGAGACUUCGUCCGCCUCGUUCCAUAUUCCACCGAGACAACGCCUCCGUCGUCGAGCUUGGCAAUUCGUCGGUCCAUCUUCCUCCUCAUUCUUCCUCUCUUUCUCUAUCUCUUUCCUUCUCUCCUUUGGAUAUAAACACAACUCCCAAAAAGAGCCUAAAAGAGAGAGAAGAGAGCAGAGCAGAGCAGAGGCGCGUUGGAGGAGAAGAAUGGCGUACAUGGCGGACGAGGACUACGACUACUUGUUCAAGGUGGUGUUGAUAGGGGAUUCCGGGGUGGGGAAGACCAACCUGCUAUCCCGCUUCGCCCGCAACGAGUUCAGCUUGGAGUCCAAGUCCACCGUCGGCGUCGAGUUCGCCACCCGCACCAUCCAUGUCGACAACAAGCUCAUCAAGGCCCAGAUCUGGGACACCGCCGGCCAAGAAAGAUAUCGAGCAAUCACUAAUGCAUAUUAUAGAGGAUCUGCUGCUGCGCUCGUCGUCUACGAUGUGACUCGCCAUGUCACCUUCGAGAACGCGGAGAGGUGGCUGCGGGAACUGCGGAAUCACACGGAUGCAAACCUCGUCGUCAUGCUUGUGGGCAACAAAGCAGACUUGGGUCACAUCAGGGCGGUCUCGGUGGAGGAGGCACAGGCCUUCGUUCAAAGGGAGAGGCUCUUCUUCAUGGAGACAUCUGCCCUCGACUCGACCAACGUGGAGAAUGCCUUCACCCGAGUGCUGACGCAGAUCCACCACGUAGUCAGCAACAAGAAGGUGCUUGGUGUGGGUGCUGAUCCUGCAGCUUUGCCUGGAGGACAGACCAUAAAACUCAACACCGAGGAUGAUGAUGAUGAUGUGCGAGCUGUCAAGAAAACCGGUUGUUGCUAAGAUUAGCUGCCACUCGUUCAUCUCUACGAUCUUUAAUUUUCGUGUGGCAUUUCUUCUGUAAAGCUUGAGGAAGGCCCUUCAUGGAGAUAAGGCUCAAGAACACUGGUUACCAUGGAGGUUUUGUAGGUUGUAGGAAAGCACGGUCUUUUUUUCUUAUUCUUUAUUGAAAGCAUAGUUCUCUUGCAUCUGUUUGUUUCCAUGGAUUGUGUAUCAUCAACUGAUAUAACUGUUUCAUAUGCCAAGCGAACAUGUUUUCUCUUGGA